AUGCAGGAUUUACCAGCAGGCACCAACACCGAGCAGUACUCUUUCCCCGGGCACGUCUUCACAGUUCGAGAGGCGGAGUCUGGCAUGUUGGUGAAGUUGUACAGGGUGGAAGCGGACGCCACAUCCUCGUCCCCAGAAGUCACAAUUGCAGUUUGUGCUGCGAGCAGUGGCUCUCAGCGCCGCGUCGACCAGAGCAGGUGGGAGGAGUUCGAGCAACUGGCGCAAGACCACCAUUCCCCAUGCAUUGGCCAUUCGACCGAGUGGAGCUGCGUGCUGCCCGUCUCGGAGCGCGAGCUAGAGCAGAGGCCUCACAAACUCUACGGCUUCCAGGAGGGCGAGACGGGCAGCGGAAACCCGUACAAAGUAGGUGCCACCGUUGACCAUGUUUGGAUGGACCAGCAGAAGUAUAUAGUCAAUGUCUCCAGUUACGAGGGCGGCUUCCUCAAAAUGCGCAUGACAGACCACAUGAAGUCGCUCCUGUACCCCUGGUUCGACGACCGCCUGCAAGCCUGUGAAAACGGUACGAUGCCCUGCAAGCAUGCUCCGAUUCCCGGCUUUUUCACUAACAGCCACGUUGUCGGCAUGGAUAAGAUUGAACUCACCUCAUUCAGAAAUAUUCAUCAGGGCAUCGUGUCCGAGAUGCAGCAGGUAUUGGAGUGGUGGACCAAGCAGCCGCUUGAGCAUACCACGACUUUUGGCCUUCGGAUAUAUCGCCGCGGUUCCAUGCUGAUCAAUCAUUUGGAUCGAAAGGACACUCAUGUGGCAAGCGCCGUCUUGCAGGUGGGCGCGCGGGCCGACGUAGGGUGGCCGCUGGAGGUAAUCCACCCACACAAGCCGGGUCUAAUGGAGGUGUACUUGCAACCUGGCGAGAUGGUGUUAUACGAAGGGGCCCGGGUUGUUCACGGGCGGCCGAUGCGCUUCCAGGGCGAGAUGUUCGGGAACAUCUUCUCCCAUUUCAAGCCGCUGGGGUGGAAGGGGCCGUCUGGCUGGGUGAAUCCGCACUAUAAGCGGGGCCUGGAGAAGCUGCAGAAGCAGAGCCUCGAGUUGUAG